UGGUCCCACAGUCCCACUGUGCGAUCUUGGGGAAAGCAAAAGCAAGGCUGCCCCAAUCCUGACAGCUGCCUCCUCCUCCACCUCCUUUUCUUUUCCGCCCGUCCCUCCUUCAACCAUUCAAGCCAAUGGCGAGCCCGUGACGCUGGCUGCGUGGCGAGGGGCUGCCCCACCUCCGCUCGCGGGAAAAGGGGGCGGCGGCGCCCGCCUUGGCUGGCUGGAUCGGAUCGGCUCCCGGCAGUAUAUAGAAGAAGCCCUGGCUAGGGGAUCCGGCGGCGGCAGCAGCAGCGAUCUGGCAAUCUCCUCCAGCUUCUGCUUCCUUUGCACUUGGAUCAACUCGCCCCCCCCCUGCCAGUUCUGCUGCUUUUGCAAAACUGUCCCGUCUGUCGGUGGGUCGGAUCCUGCAACCAUCAUGUCUCCAUCCUCGACGCCCUUCGCCAGCCCAUUCGCCAGACCUCGCUGCCUGGCUGCAGCGGCUCCGGCGGGCAAAACCAAACUUACCCAUCCGGGCAAAGCCAUCUUAGCAGGUGGCAUCGCUGGCGGCAUUGAGAUUUGCAUUACAUUCCCCACAGAGUAUGUGAAAACACAGCUUCAGCUGGAUGAGAAAGCAAACCCGCCCCGCUACAAAGGAAUUGCGGACUGUGUCAAGGUGACCGUCCGAGAUCAUGGGAUCAAGGGGCUCUAUCGUGGCCUCAGCUCUCUGGUUUAUGGUUCCAUACCGAAAGCCGCCGUGAGGUUUGGCAUGUUUGAAUUCCUCAGCAACCACAUGAGAGAUGCAGAAGGGAAGUUGGACAGCAAACGAGGGCUCCUGGCUGGCUUGGGGGCUGGCGUGGCUGAAGCGGUGCUUGUGGUGUGCCCUAUGGAAACCAUAAAAGUGAAGUUCAUCCACGAUCAGUGCUCUCCGCAGCCAAAAUAUCGAGGUUUCUUCCAUGGGGUGCGGGAGAUCAUUCGGCAACAAGGCCUCAAGGGAACUUACCAAGGUUUAACAGCGACUGUCCUGAAACAGGGAUCCAACCAGGCUAUUCGCUUUUUCGUCAUGACAGCCCUCAGGAAUUGGUACAAAGGAGAUAAUCCAAAUAAAGCCAUCAACCCGCUUGUCACUGGGUUGUUUGGGGCGAUCGCCGGUGCAGCCAGCGUCUUUGGCAACACGCCACUGGAUGUCGUGAAGACCAGGAUGCAGGGCCUGGAGUCUCACAGGUACAAGAGCACUUGGGACUGUGCCUAUCAGAUUAUGAAAUAUGAAGGACCUCUUGCGUUUUACAAGGGCACGAUCCCCCGCCUGGGCCGGGUCUGCUUAGACGUGGCCAUUGUGUUCAUCAUCUACGACGAAGUCGUCAAGGUACUCAACAAGGUGUGGAAAACGGACUGAGCGCCCGCCGAGGGCGGCACCACCUCCUCCCCACCCGCCAGGCAACUGCGGGGAGGGGAGGGGAAGGCACGACCCACCACAGACGAGGGGGGGUCCUACCCACGACUCCCCCCCCCCGCCCACCCGGCAAGUUAGUGCCAGUAUUCCAGGGCUCCUUCAGCUCCACAGGUGGGAUCUGGAUACGGAUCACGUCCCCGACCCGCUGCCUUCAUAUCAAGCUCAAUGACACGUUUUAUUUAUAUCCGAAUGAACUGUGGCCGUGUUGCUAGUUGUUGUUUUUUAAUUACUGAUGAUAUGAUAAUGUGACCAGAUUGGAUGGGGGAACAGAGACGGGAUGGUUUUGUGCUACAUCUCCAGCUGCUAAAGUUGGGGGAACGGGGUGAAUGGGCGAGUUCGACUGGUGCCCGUCAGAAAAGAGAAAGGGAACUUUCUCCCCCCACCCCUGUCCCCUGCACUGACCCCAACAUCCGCUAGAAUAAAAGUUCAAGAAGUCUUUUCCCCUUUUAGAAACAAUCACACACAUGAAUUUACAGGUUCCCAAUUGCUGGCCUAGAUCAGUGUUUCCCAAACUUAGGUCUCCAGCUGUUUUUUUGGACUACUUCUCCCAUCAUCCCGAGCUAGCAGCACCAGUGGUCCGGGAUGAUGGGAAUUGUAGUCCAAAACCAGCUAGAGACCCAAGGUUGGGAAACCCUGGUCUAGAGCAAGGAUGGCCUUGUACUGCCCUUCAAAUAUUGAUGUACUCCAACUCCCAUCAUCCCUGCCCGUUGGGCAUGGUGGCUCUGGCUGAUGGGACUUGAAGUCCGAUGACUUCUGGGGUGCCUCUGCUGUCUUUCUGAGAAGCUGGCAUUGAAACAUGAGCUAAGAAGAAGUCCCUGAUCAUUUACCAGAAGGCGAUUGCCAGCGCAUUGAGCUCCAGCUUACCAGCCAAAGAAUAUCUCGUGAAUUGUUGACUGAUGGUGCCAACUCAGAAAGCUUGCAGAGGUAGGGAAAGGACGUCGGACAUCUGGAUGUUUGUCAGUCCUUCUUAUGCCCCUUCCCCCAGUUGCUGCCAACAGAGAAGAAAGCCUUUGGAGGUCAUGACACACAUGCACCCCCCCAAAAAAAAAUACUUGAGUACAUUCCAUGAGUCCUGCUCCAAUAGUAUUCUCUCGCCAGCUAGCUCUUGGUAUUGCCAAACGCGGGGGUCCCUAGAAAAGGUGUUGCUGGACAACAAGUCCCAUCAUCCCUGCCCCUUGGACCAUCCUAGCUGGGGCUGAUGGGAGUUAGGAACCCAGCAACAGCUGAAGGUCCUUUGAUUCCGCAUCUGGGCUCUCUUUGAAUGAUGUAGAGGAAGAGAAGGCAUUGCCACCCCUGCAGGCUCCGAAGCACAGUGGCCUCAGCAGUGGAAGCUGGUCCAUUUUGGUGAAUGGGGCAUUGCCCCAUCAACCUCAGCUUGCCCCCGCCCCAUCACCGCCUGCCUUCUUACAACCAGGCAACGGUGGCGACCCUGCCUGUCAACUUUAGUCUCUGCGUCGUCCUUGUAGGACGCAAGAAGGCGGAUUAGAAUUCGCUGCCUGGACUCCAUGCCCUUCUGCCCUGCCAGUCCCAAUGGGUAUCAGCCACCCCUGGCCCCAGGAGGGCCUGGUUCUCCCAGCACCCCAUAGAAAGGGGGCAGCGGUGGCGGGGCUGCUAUGGUGGUGAGGCAGUGGGUGAUGGGAGGGCAGUCUGUACUGGGUGCCUUGGCAUUGGCCUGCCACUGCUGACUCCUAACACCAGCCCUGGGUGGGGAUGACAUUCGCCCUUCCCCAUCCUACGCUCAUGCCUUCUGUGCUUCCCCCCUGCUAAAGUCCGCAUCCGAAAGAUCUGUUGCGAUCGGUGUUUUUCUUACUCGUGCUGAUAAAAGCUUCUUUUGAACCAAAGUUGGGGGACCCACUCCCCUGACCUCCAUAAAUGUUUCUGCUGAGUCAGGAGAGUCGAAUUAAUUCCCACACGUACACCCAGCCCAUAAUAUUAACUCAUUCCAUAGAAUUCACUUGUUUACAUGGGGGGGGGAGUGAAAGAGGGAUAUG